AUGGCGGGAACACAAAUGAUCACAGUUACACUUCAACGUGAUAGUUUACAAACUCCAUGGGGUUUUCGAUUACAAGGAGGUGCAGAUUUUUGUAUACCCUUUACUAUUAAUAAAAUCACCGCUGGUAGUCCUGCUGAUGGUAUGCUUCAUCGUGGUGAUCAUAUCCUUGAAAUCGAUCAAAAACCCAUUAGUUCAAUAUCUCAUACGGAAGCACUUGAACUUGUACAACGUGCUGGUGGUCAAGUAACAUUUCUUAUAGAAAGAGGACCAAGCCCUCUUGGAUCAUUUAUGCAUAAUCAACGCCCAUUUUCAGCUAUGCCUUGGUCUUUAGCAAAUGCUACUUCAUAUCUGGACAAGAAUUUUCAUCAAGCUUGGCCUACAUUAGUCGGUCCUCAAAGUCCUGCGGCAUUUUUUCGAAGUCGAGGAUUGGAACGAAUACCUGAUCCUAAGCCACUACUUAGUCAAACAGGUAGUCCUCUCCUGCCUGGUCCUGUUCCUUCGGUAUCAACUAAAACUCGUGGUUAUACUAGACCACCUGUUUUUCAUACGGAACCAACUAACUUAACCAAUACAUCACCAUUUCCGGUUUCAUCUUCUCCUGUUCGUUUUACUUAUCCAAGUUCAACAAAUAAUAAUCGCAAUCAGACAGUAUCAACAACAACAUAUCGACCAGCUUGGAAAGGUUCGUUAAAUGAGGAAUCUCAUCUUUAUGUACCUUCUUAUCAAAAGAAGGUUCCAGUACAAACAAUAAUUCAAAAACAAAAUCCAAAUAAUCUAAUAUCUCAACGUACUUAUCAACAAUAUACAACAAUAACAAGACAACAACAACAGCAACAACAACAACAACAACAACAACAACAACAACGACAACAACAACAACAACAAC